CAGAGGGGAAGGAGAAGCGUCGAUCUGUGCCGAGCAAAUGUCAAGUUUCCAGAGAGAAAAUGACGCUGCUAAAUCUCUGUUCAGGAGGCUCGAGUCUGCAGUCACUCCCAUCGUGUCCGGAGAGUACAGUCACCACCGGGACAGAGCGGCGAUGGCAUCCCGGGUCUCCUUCACCCAAGUCCGCCUGGAAGCGGAGCUGGAGCGCUACCGGGCCGAGUGCCAGUGGGACAAGAUACCGAUGAUGAUCGAACAGAUGAAGCUUGCGCGGAUCCACGAGGACGAUGACUAUGGGAUGCUGCUGCUGGCUGAGGCGCUGCUGGAGGAGUGCUUGCAAGAAAACAUGGACCUGUUACGAAGCUCCACACCUUUGAUGGACAAGACCCAGCCCAGGCUGUCCCGGGCGAAAGGCCACCUCAAUGCCAUUCUCAGCCGAGGCCGUCUCACACCCAGGUAUUUGAACGAGGCUCUGCUGCUGAUGGCCAAAGUGCACUAUGUGCAGGGUCGCUACCGGGACGCCCAGGGAAUGUGUGCCAGGGUGGGACUGGAGGAGCUGACGCGGGAUGAGCAGCCUACCUACCAUCUCCGCCUGCUGGCUGAAGCUUUUGUCAUCAAAGGUCUGUCUCUGGACCACCAGACCGUCUCUGCAGUGUCUCGUGUCCGUCUGUCAGAGAGGGAGGAGGAGAGUCUGUCCUGUUACCUAAAGGCCUGUGAUGCUUCUCUGUCCUACCUGCAGGAGCUCGAUAAGGUGGUAACAACACCCAGCACCAAGACAGCCAAAGCCGGUCUGUUUCCUCCACCUGUGGAGAUCGAACUGGGCUACUUCGUACAGGCUUCCUUACAGAGUGCUUACCUUUGUCUGCUGCAGAGAGGUCAUCUUGCGCAGGGUGCUCACCAACUGCGUAGGGUGCUCAGGGUGGUGGAGUCACGAGGGUCUCAGAGCUUCAGGAAGUCUGCAGCAAGGAAGCUUGCAGAGGUGCUGCUGAGCUCCGUGAGUGAGGACAGCUACUGGCCCCCGUUGGGCCCCCCACCCUCAGCCUGGCUCCACAGAGAGGGAGCUGCUGCCUCCAAAGACGCCAUCUACCCCACUGUUAAACCUCCACAACGUUACGGCACUGACUGUUGCUUCUGUCCUCAGGACGUGGUGGAGGAGGCUGUGUUGCUGCUGCUCAUCACAGAGUCCAUGGCCAGCGGAGAGGCGGUGAUCAGUCGUCUGCCAGACCAGGCCGAAGCUCGUCAGGCCAGCCUGCAGGAUGCCACCUCUGUCUAUGACCUGCUCACCAUCGGCAUGGCCAGGAGGGGGCAGUAUGGCAUGCUUUCCGAGUGUCUGGAACGAGCCAUGAAGUUUUCAUUUAACGAGUUCCACCUCUGGCACCAGCUGGGCCUGUCACUCAUGGCGGCCGGGAAGGGGGUUGGUGCUGUGUCUGUAUUUAAAGAGUGUGCCAGGAUGAGACCGGAGGAUCCCUCAUUGCCCCUAUUGGCUGCGAAAGUCUGCAUUGGUCAGCUGCAAUGGUUCGAGGAGGCUGAGGCUCUGUCGCAGAGUGUAGCAUCUAUGGGGGAAGAAGCUGGAGAAUUUCUACCUCGGGCCUACCUGUCACUGGGUCUCUGCUGCAGUUUACAGGCCUCUGAUGCGCCUCUGAAAGCUGAUCGUGAUGAAUUCAACAAAAAGGCACUACAUGCUUUGAGCAAGGCUCAUUCAUUAGACCCCCAGGAUGCUCAGAUUGCUAUGUACCUGGCUCUCCAGCUGGCCCUCGUACGCCAGGUAUCCGCAGCCAUAGAGCCCCUGCAGGAGGCUUUAUCUCUCCGUGGGGACGACUUGCACUCCCUCCACCUGCUGACUCUGCUGCUGAGCGCCCAGAAACACCACCGUCAUGCCCUGGACACCCUGAACCUGGCCCUCAGCCAGCACCCCAGCAACUUCAAUCUGCUGUUCACAAAGGUGAAGCUUGAAGAGGCCCUCUUUGGCCCGGCUGCUGCCCUGCAGACCUGUGAAGAGAUGCUGCAACAUUGGCAGAGCCGCUAUGAUGUCAGCCGCUCCAGUGAGACAGAUGACAGCAGCAGUAUACCGAUGGCUGAGAGGGCAGAGGUCAGCCCUACAGCCAGGAAACCCUCCAUCCACCUCACCCUGCCUGACUUCCAGGAUGCCUCCACUGGUUCGCUGAGCCCUUCAUCAGUUGCAGUAUCUCGUCUGGAAGCAGCACUCUCUGAGGUGUCGGACCUAAGCUCAACCCGUCGCCAAGGGCCCACCUAUAUCUGGACCACCCUAGAACGCAUUUGGCUGCAGGCUGGGGAGUUGUUCAUGGCGGACGGUCGGCUAAAGGAGGCCCAGUUCUGCAUAUCCGAGGCCAGCUCACUCUUCCCCAACUCGUACUCGGUGCUGCUGCAGCGGGGCCGCCUGGCCGAGCUCCGGGGCCAACUGGACGAAGCCAAAGGCCUGUAUGACGAGGCCCUGGCCAUCCAUCCCACAGGAGAGCGCAUUCUUGUGCACAUGGGCCGUCUGCUGGUGAAAACUGGGCGUGUCCACCUUGGGGAGAAGGUCCUGCGUGAUGCGGUUCAGGUCCACAGCACCUCCCACGAGGCGUGGAGUGGCCUGGGCGAGGCCCUGCAGUCUCGUGGUGCCAGCCAGGCCCCCGACUGCUUCUUGACAGCCCUGGAGUUGGAGGCUUCCUGCCCCAUUCGGCCCUUCAACAUCAUCCCCAGGGAGCUUUGAGGGGCCUGGGCUGGGGUGGAGGUUUGGGUCAGGGUAAAGCUAAUAGCCUGUUGAUGUAUAAUUAUACAUUGGUGCAGAUACAUUGAAAAGCAGUGCUGGGUGAAAAAUGUUUCUUUAAUGAAAAGUCUGACAUUUUGGGAAAUAGGCCUGUCUGCUUUCUCGCCAAAAGCCUGAUGAGGAAAUUGAUACCACUCACAUCUCUCAGAUAAAUAUAAAGCUACAGCCAGAGGAUGGUUAGCUUAGCGUAAAAGGGACCUAUUAUGCUUUUCCUUCUUUUUUGUCAUAUAUAUAAUGUUACAGUGUCAGAUAUUCAUAAAAAAAUGUGGCCAAAGUUUUGAAUGAUAAGGUAAACUUAUGUAAAAGUAAUCCCUGUCAACAAAAACCUCAGGCUGCAGACCAUUUUAAAUACUCUGUUACCAAUGUUUUCCUACUUUCAAGACAAGCUGACAUCAGCUUGUGAUGGAUUACUUUAGCUCCAGCUCCAGACAAGCGUUAACAUUACGUAGCCUACACUGCUACAUGUAGCUGUAUGCUAACAUCAUGUUCUCUUGGUUGCUGAUGCUUUUAAUUUCUCCCAGUUGUCCAGUGAAGAUUUUAUUUUAAAAGCUUCUGGUGAUCUUUCAAGGUAGAAAGUGCAGCUAUCCUCUGUUACAGUCAUUCCGUGGUUGCAAUGACGGUGCACUGUAAAGACACCAAGAUACGAAAGACCUGGAAACACUGACCAAUCAGAGCUGACUGGGCUUUUUCAGGAGAGGAGAUGGAAGAGAUGGACGCUGAAAUGGAGCGUUUUAUGCAGAGAGUAAAUACAGGUCUAUUUUGGCAAACAGUAUGAGGAAAAUAAACUGUAGUAGAAACCCCAAAUACAGGUAUGAAUCUGAAAAUGAGCAUAACAAGUCCCCUUUAAGAAAUUCUCAAGCACAGAAGCCUGGUAAAACCACAAGUUCUUUUGUAGUCUUUCGCCAGAGCCAAUUUCAGUGUUUCCCCGUUUCCACUCUUUAUGCUAAGCUAAGCUAAUCAACUCCUGGAUGUAGCUUCAUAUUUAGCGAGCAGAUAUGAUUGUGGUAUCAAUAUAAUCAUCUGUCUGUCAGCAAGAAAGCGAUUGGAGUGCAUCUCCCAAACUUCAAAGUAUUCCUUUAACAAGUAUUUCUUAAUUAUUGUUAAAUCUCAGUGAGUUUCAUUGUCACCCUCUUAAUUAUUAGUCUAACUGUCCAAAUACUAUAUGAGAAUUCCUAAAUUAUCAGAUGGAGAAUUGCAAAAAAAAUGUCCCUUAAUGUUGCAUAUUUACACACAAAACAGUGACAAUAAUAUUGGAUAUUAAUACUGUGUGUGUGUGCAGGAAAAGCAACAGAGGCCGAUUUCAGAGCAGUGUAAAGAAAGAAUCAUGUUUAUAAAUGUAAGUACUGUAAGGAAGUACAUCUCCUAUGGAGUUAUAAGCCCAGAAGUAAUAGCUCUUUUGCAAUUUGUGACAAAUGAGUAAUAUUUUAAAUAAUCAGAAUUAUCAGGUAUCAGUUUAUUGGUUCAUAAAUCACAGAGAUGUGCUGGUUGCAUCUUGAGAUAGAAUGUAUGUUAUGUAGAAAUGCAGAUACAUAGAUUAUGUGUAGGCUGUCAGUUACAACAGCAGCUCCACUUCAUCUUUAUUUUAGCCCUUGAUGUAUUUUUGAUGAUCAUGUUGAUUGACGCAGCUUUCAUGUACACACACCCUCUCAUCUUCAAAUGAGAGCUCAUACAUUUUCUUGCAAGGACAAUCACAUAUCAUUCAAUAUGUCUUCAUUAUUUAUGUGUGUGCCUGUGUGUUUUCAUGCAGUAUGUCUUCUUAUUGUGUAACUUCAUGUAUGUGUGUUUGUUUUAAACUGUCCCUCUGGGGUGUUAUCAGUCCCUAUUCUGUUUGUUCUGUUUGUUCAGUACAGUAGGCGACUCAUCCGCUUAUAAUGUGUGUGUGUGCGUGUGUGUGUGUGUGUGUGUGUGUGUGUGUGUGUGUGUGUGUGUGUGUGUGUGUGUUAUUUUUUUCUUUUUGACUCAUCUGUUCGUAAUGCUCUCCAUUAUAAACAACAAUGGCUUUUAAAAAUCACUGCUGGAUGCCGCGUCUUCACCUGCCUUGUCACUUGUGACUAAUGGACAUCACUUCCGAGUGCCUAACUACAUUAAUGUGAGCAGUGGGACUGGGCUGCCGGCUUAUGUAAUACUGCCAGCACAGUUUUCUGCCUCCAAACUCCCUCCUCCUCCUAUCUCUCUCUCUCCUUCUCUAUCUCUCUGUGUCUCUCGCUCUCUCCCAGCUUGCCUGAUGUGAUGUGAUGUGGCUUGGUUGCCUAGCAGCCAUCCCCUUGUUUGAGUAACUGGGGAAGCAGAGAGAUAUCUGGUCUGCUGAACAACACACACACACACACACACACACACACACACACACGGCGAGCGGCAGAUAAUGCCCCCGUUGUGUGGUUUUACAGGCUUGACAGUGUCUGUUUGAUGUCUGCUGUUACCAUGUGAGGUAUGAGCCAGCUAUAAUCAAUGUCUCAGGAUGGUGUAAAUUGAUUUGUGUUAUGGGAAGAGUCACUGCCUUUGCUCUCAGCAAAGCCCCUAUUUCUUAACCCUUUCCCUCCCCGCAGGGCUACAAGCACUAAUCCUCUUCCUUCCCUGUCUUUUCUUAAAACUCCACAAUCGCCCACGGCCCUGUCGCUCCUGGCAUGAAAAUCCCCCAUCCGUCAAUACUUCGAUUUUCGCGCAGGAAUUAUCGAUCACUGUCGCCUCUUUUUUGCCAUCCGAAAAGAAAUCUAUUUUUACUUUUUUCCCUCCUCGCUCGCCGGCUCUCCCUUGUUCCAUCCUCUCCUCAUUAGCGCUGUGUGUGACACCUACACAGGGGCUUCGGGAGAUGAAUGGUCUAAUCCCUGUGGGUAAGGAGUGAAAUAUUACAUGGUGUGCUCAAACAUGCACAAAUACACUCACACACUGACAAUGAGAGGCACAUGAACACAUUGUGUGGUACAGUACACAUGCUUGAAUACACUCGCGCACGCACGCACGCACACACACACACACACACACACACACACACACACAUGCCACAGUCUUGACAGCUCUGGUAAAAGGAGACAGAUUAAUGGAGGAAGCGGCCCGCUGCAAAGCCUCUCAGAAUGACAACGGGCAGAGGAAGCUCUAUUCACUGGACCGAGUGUCACCACACACACACACAUAAAUAUAUACAGUAUAUACACCUGGGAUCAAUGAGCAGAUCUUAUUGUGUAUGUGCGUCUGCGUCAUCGUGAUGUCAGAGCACCCAGGCAUGUCGCUCUGGUUACGCUGGAGCAUCACAAGACUGUCUGUGUGUGAUAUGAGAGUUGGGAGCAACUGGUAUCAAGUGUUCAGGUACACUUACUGUACAUUAAUGGUUGCCUCAGACAAACACACAACCUCUUUACACAGCAUCAUGGAAGAAGUGGCAGCCAUAUUGGAUAGAAUACUGAUCAUUAACAAACAAAUAACUGACAAUCAAAGGUGGUGACCACGCUGAGUGAGGUGUGUAUGUGAGUGCAUGUGUGUGGGCCUGGUAUUCAGGUCACAGUGGUGUGUGUGGAUGCCAGUCCUUCAGGGGCAUAUGGAGGGCACAGGCUGGGUGGUGUCAGUACAGGGCGCCAAGAAGGAAACCAUAAACCAUCAUUGUGAUGUCCAAACAAGGCCGGGGAGUCAUGGAUGGGUGAGGGGUGUUAUGGAGGUUACAAGGAUCAGAUGUGGUUCCAUAAUCUCAUUUAUAAAUAAAAUGACUGGUACAGUAGACGUAUACAUAGUUCAUGCCCAUGGGGCAAAUGUGUUCCAGCAGAGCUCAAAGCACAUGUUGAUGAAAGACAGUAUUGAGAACGCUGUGAGAACUGCUUAAAGGUCAGAAAUAAAUGCAGGACGUUGUCAGAAAUACUUGUCAACAUGUCAGAAUGUAAAGCCUUGUUUACCAAAGAUUUUACAGUAAAUAUCUUCAAUGAAUGUUUAUUUGCUGGAAUUUCAUAGACAUACUUUAUAGCUGCUGUUUAUAAAGAAUGUGAAGUCAGGUCAAGCCGCAUGGGACGGAGCCACCAUGUUCCAGUGAUUGCACUCUGUUACUUCUGUUACCAAGGUGCGUGCACUCGGUCCAAAAACAAAAUAGUUUACAAUGUCCAGAGAUGUGAGUAGACGUAGUGCGCCAGGGCCUGUAAUCAAUCCUUUGGCUGCAAAAUAAUUUGGAUCAGUGUUGUUUAUCUUGAUUAGCUUGUCCAAAUACCAUUACUACUGUAGCAGGAUCAAUAACACAGCAUGGUCCUCGGAACAUUAGAGCCCCAUCCAAACCAAUUUAACAUGGCAUGACAUCAACUUCACAUUCUUUAGGGCCAGUGUUUAGGGCUACGACAUUUAAUCUUCCUCAAUGGUUCAGUAUGUAUGAUUUAUGGAAAUAUAUAUUGGCAGAAAUUGAA